AUGGAAAUUAAACAUCUUACACCUUCACCAAUUGGUGAAGAUCCAUCUACACAAAUAUUUAUAAAUAAUUCCUCUGAUAAUAAUGUAAUAAUUGAAAAAGGUUUAAAGAAUAGAAAUAAAGCUGUUUGUAAGAAAUAUUUAAAACAAAAAAAUGAAUUAAAAAGUUUUGAAUCAAUUCAACAAAGUAUCCUUCUUGCUUUAUUAAAUAAAUAUUGUGAAUUUACACUGGAAUUACCAACAAAAUUAUCUACAGUUACAUUGAAUAAUCCACAACUAAUAAAAUUAACCAUUGGAACAGAAGAGAUUAAUGUAAAGAGACUUUCAGAGAGUAUGUAUGCGAAUUCAUUUAUUGCUGAUAUUCAAAAAGGUAUUAAAGAAGAGACUUGUGUUAGAAACUAUGAAAAGAAAAAAGAGUAUUUAUAAAUAAUUUCUUAAUUGAUGUUUGUCUUGAAAUGGGAUAUUUAUUUCAAUCCAAAUAUUCAAGAAAAUCAAAACAAACAUUACAAUUAGAAAGAAUUCAAAAAAUUUAUAAAGAUAAUUAUGUAAUGAACAUUGAUGAAAUCACUAAAAAAGGAAAAGCUAUUAACAAAUAUUUAUUUACUCUUGUAUGUAAUAACAAUUCUAUUACCAUUCAAAGAAAUAAUCCAAUUCUACAUAAAUUGUUAUCUUCUGAACAGCAAUCUUCUUCAUUAUUUUCAUUAAAAACAAAAUUA